AUGAGCGCGCCCGCCACCGGCCAGCCGCCGGUCGACGCUGGCGGCGGCCGCAUCGGGUUGGGCAGGGAGCUGGGGCACCCGCCGAGGGACGGCGUCUCCAACCUCCGCUUCUCGAAGCACAGCAACCGCCUCCUCGUCUCCUCAUGGGAGAAGGCGGUGCGGCUCCUGGACGUCGAUGCCGCCACCGACGCGCUGGUGGGGGCGUUCCCGCACAAGAGGCCCGUGCUGGACUGCUGCUUCCACGAUAACGACUCCUCGGCGUUCAGCGCCUCCAGCGACCACGUCGUGCGGAGGCUGUCCUUUAGUUCCAAAACUAGUUAUCGCUUGGGAACCCAUGAUGGUCCAGUUCGCUGUGUGGAGUACUCCGAUACUACAGGUCAAGUAAUCACUGGAAGCUGGGAUAGGACUAUAAAGUGUUGGGAUCAAAGAGGUGCGACUGGGCCACAAUAUACACUUAUUGGGACACACACCCAACCUGAACGUGUAUACGCACUUUCAUUAGCAGGACAUAAGUUGGUUGUUGCAACAGCAGGAGAGCAUGUGAAUGUUUAUGAUUUGCGUAAUAUGUCUGAGCCUCAGCAAAGGAAGUCUUUUCUGAAUUCUCAAACACGCUGUGUUGAGUGUUAUCCAAAUAAAACUGGAUUUGCUUUGGGUACUACGGACGGACGAGUUGCAAUGGACUUCUUUGACCAAUCUGAGUCUAGUCUCGAAAAGAGGUAUCGUUUCAAGUGCCAUCGAUUGACCGAGGACAGAGGGAGGGUUGCAUAUCCUGUUAAUGCAAUUGCAUUCCACUCAGAACAUGGAACGUUCGCCACGGGCGGAUGUGAUGGAUUUGUGUACACUUGGGAUGGAGAAAAGAAAAAGAGAUUGUUUCAGUCCCCCAAGUACCCAACCAGCAUUGCUGCUCUGUCUUUCAGCAAGGAUAACAAUCUGCUCGCUGUUGCAUCCAGUUACACUUACGAAAGGGGAAAAGUAGAGAAUGAACCUGCUACUAAGAUCUUUAUCCGCGAUGUCAACAAAGUGGAAGUAAAGCCGAGACACUGA